CGACGGUCGUGUAUAAUUAUACGGGCUUGGAUAAAUGGUGGCUUGGUGCAGACUGGGCGGAUAAAUUCUUUUGUUGCAGGUAGAACAGCAACUUAAAAGAAUGACCCUAGAGACCUAGUUCCACUUGACCAAGACCUGCCUAACCAACAGAAGGUCCAGGGAUGACAAAAUGAAUCAAGUGAGGUCAUCAAAACUCAGUUUUAUCUUUCUCGUUUUUGGAUGUCUGCUCAGUCUUCUGGGUGCUCUAGCCCCAUUCUGGCAGUCUGGGCAUAUUGUGAUGAGUCAGCUGAGUCUGUACCUGCACGACGACUCGCUAGCAGACGGCAACCUGACGACAGUCGACGGCGGCCUGUGGUGGUACUGCUACAGCAACACCCGCGUCUGCAACAUCUACAGGCUGGGGGAGGAUGAAGGUGCUGUAUGGGCUGUGAGGGUAGGAACGUUUUUUAACGUCAUCCUCGUUCUCUUCUGUUUUCUGGUGGCAUUGUGUAGGUGUUGCUACACUGGGGUUGGCAGAAAUAUCUGUGUGGGCAUUAUGGCUUUUAUUGCUGGUUUUCUAGGUUUUGGUGUGAUUGGUCUGUUUGUGUACCUAGCGACGGGCGGGUACGGACUGAAGCUGGAAGAUUGGUCCUACGCUUGGGCCUUUUACAUCUACAUCAUCGGCUGCUCUGUUGUUAUCAUUGACUCGGUCUUACUGUGUGUAGCGUAUCCAGGGUAGCCUGUCUUGGAGGGACUUGGUUCAUGUGUCUUGCCUGUCUGCUGUGUGUUGUUUUUUCUUAGGUCUUGCCGUGAGUAUAUCGUUGAUAAGUGCUGCCUUAUCUACUGGGUUGUGGUGAUCAUACAAGACAUUGCCUGGGAUAUUACAAGUUCAGAUCUAUUCUGUGAUGCAAUCAUCCCAACUUUCAAUUGGACUAAUAAAUUAACAUUUUUAACGUAUAUUUUUGUAUUAUGCUAGUUAGAAUUAUUUCACGAUUUUCUUGUUGUACCUAUAACAUAUUUAUAACUAAACGAUGACUGUAACUAUAACAUAUUUAUAACCAGUGGCGUAGCGAGGUCGGGUGUCACCCGGUGCGGCACUUAAUGGUGUGUCCCC